GGCAACACAGUCUACGUUAUUACGCACUUGGCAGUGCGACGUAGCCACCUGCAUGAACAACGAUGGACGCAGCUCUAAAGAUAAAUACAAUUUGGAUUCAAGAAUUAUAUUGACGACGAAGUAUACAAAAACAGGAUGGCAACCUGCAUGGCUUGGAACUCGCGCAUUAAAGACAACAACGACGUCGAACUUCAUCCUUCACUACAAAACUCACAAAGUCGUUGCUGCUUAGUGUGCUGUGAGGACCUCGCGAGCAUCGUAUCUCUCCUCCGUUCUCCUCUCCUCACCUUCACUGAGCCGCUCCAUCCCUCCUCCUCCUCUGCUAUGACAUCUCACACCAGCUGCACGCUGCCUCCGCCAGCCCGAUGCCGCUCCUCCAACAUGGACAUGUGCGCCUGGAAUAGCCGCGAUUGAUCCUCGGGUGACGUUAUAUUUUUGUUUUGUUUUUUGUUUUGCUUUUUGAAGAGAUAUAACAACACAAGAAGAAAAGGAGGAGGGGGGCGGCUGUCAUCUUUUAACCCCCUCCGCUCCCUUCAGCCAAGCAAGAGCGGCAAGGUAGGGGGGAAGGCUUGCAGCCAGCUUGGAUUUAUUGAACGGCAACAUGAGGGAUUUGGAAAUGCCGAUGAUGGUGAUGAAGCGGAGGAGGCUGAUGGUGAAGAAAAUGGCCCGACUAAGACGCGACCUCUCGCUUCUCCUCCUGACGGGGCUCCUCGUCGGGGAUUUCUCAUCCUCUGGGGCUGAAUCAUGUGGUGGUGUAAUUCAAGGCCUGAACGGAACGAUAGAAUCGCCUGGUUUCCCCCACGGCUAUCCCAACUACGCCAACUGUACGUGGCUGAUAAUAACAGGGGAGCGAAACAGGAUCCAGCUCACCUUCAUCACGCUCGCACUAGAGGAAGACUUUGAUAUGGUGUCUGUAUAUGAUGGACAACCUUCGCCUGGGAACUUAAAAAUGAGGUUGUCGGGGUUCAUGCUGCCUUCUCCUAUAGUCAGCACUGGCUCUAUAUUGGCCUUGUGGUUUACCACCGAUUUUGCCGUCAGUGCACAAGGCUUCAAAGCUGUCUACGAAGUCCUGCCCAGCCAUACAUGUGGCACCCCCGGACUCAUUCCAAAUGGAGUCAUCCAUGGUGCGCGCUACAACAUUGGGGACAAAAUCCGUUACAGCUGCGAGUCUGGUUUUGUCCUGGAGGGACAUAAUGUCCUCACAUGUAUCGUAUCACCGGGCAGUGGAGCACAGUGGGACUUCCCUUCACCAUUUUGUAGAGCGGAGGGGGCAUGCGGCGGCACGUUACGAGGCACCGCAGGUUCAAUAACCAGUCCCGGCUACCCUGCAGAGUAUGAAAACAAUGUGGACUGCACGUGGUCAAUCCUUGCUGAACCUGGGGACACGAUAGCCCUUGUCUUCAAUGACUUUUUAUUGGAAGACAAGUAUGACUUCCUGGAAAUCAGCGGAACCGAGGCACCCAGCAUAUGGCUAACUGGUACAACCCUGCCUUCACCAGUUAUUUCAAGUAAAAACUGGCUGCGGAUACACUUUACGUCAGACAGCAACCACAGAAGGAAAGGAUUCAGUGCUCAGUACCAAGUGAAGAAAGCAAUAGAGUUAAAGUCCAGAGGAGUGAAGAUGAUGCCAAAUAAAGACUCCAGUCACAAAAAUGCAGUCUUGAGUCAAAGUGGCCUGGCUGGAGAUGUGUGUCCAGAUCCUGGUGUCCCAGAAAAUGGCAAGAGAAUGGGAUCUGCCUUCCAAGUCGGUUCCAGCGUCCAAUUCAGUUGUGACGACAGCUACGUUCUUCAAGGAUCCAAAAGUAUCACAUGUCAGAGAGUGACGGACACGCUGGCUGCCUGGAGUGACCACAGGCCCAUCUGCAGAACCCGUACCUGUGGUAGCAACUUAAGGGGGCCCAGAGGGAUCAUAACAUCGCCUAACUACCCUGUCCAGUAUGAGAACAAUGCCCACUGUGUCUGGGUAAUCACUGCACUGGAUUCUGCAAGGGUUAUAAAGUUGUCAUUUGAAGAGUUUGACCUGGAACGAGGGUACGAUACACUGACAGUGGGCGAUGGAGGGAAGAUAGGAGACACUAGACGGGUACUUUACGUACUCACUGGGUCCACUGUACCUGACAUCAUUGUGAGCUUGUCCAAUCAGAUGUGGCUUCAUUUGCAGUCAGAUGACACAAUCGGCUCUGCUGGGUUCAAGGCAGUCUAUGAAGAGAUCGAACGGGGAGGCUGCGGUGAUCCUGGCGUGCCGGCGUUUGGUCGUCGGAGCGGCGAUGGCUUUCAACACGGGGAUGUGCUGACCUUCUUUUGCCAGUCUGCGUUUGAAUUAGUUGGAGAGAGGAGCAUUACGUGCCAGCACAAUAACCAGUGGUCUGGUAAUAAACCCAGUUGCAUCUUCUCUUGUUUCUUCAACUUCACGGCCCCAUCAGGAACGGUUUUGUCGCCGAACUAUCCCGAGGAAUACGGGAACAAUCUCAACUGUGUAUGGCUGAUCAUUGCUGAACCAGGGAGCCGCAUUCAUCUGCUCUUCUCUGACUUUGACCUGGAGCCACAGUUUGACUGGUUGGUGGUCAAAGAUGAAGGUCUAUCUGAGCCUACCACAUUUGGGACGUUUUCCGGAAAGGAUGUGCCAUCCCAAAUCGCCUCACAUGGACACAUCAUGAGACUGGAAUUUCAGUCAGAUCACUCCAACACUGGAAAAGGCUUCAAUAUCAGCUAUACAACAUUUGGCCAGAAUGAGUGUCAUGAUCCCGGCGUUCCCGUCAAUGGUCAAAGGUACGGGGACCAGUUUCAGCUCGGCAGCUCUGUGGCUUUCCGUUGUGACCAAGGAUUCAUCAGGACCCAGGGGUCAGAUCAGGUCACCUGCAACAUUCAAGAUGGAAAUGUUGUUUGGUCUGCGGCCGUGCCUCGCUGUGAAGCUCCAUGUGGAGGCCAUCUCACUGCCCCUACAGGAGUUCUUCUCUCUCCUGGUUGGCCUUCUUUCUAUAAGGAUUCUCUCAACUGCAAGUGGGUGAUUGAAUCGCAAGAUGAUCACGCUGUGAAGAUACACUUUGACAGGUUUCAGACAGAAGUCAACUAUGACACGCUGGAGAUCAGGGACGGCCCCUCAUCCUCCUCCCCCCUGAUCGGCGAAUAUCACGGAACCCAAGCACCUCAUUUCCUGAUCUCCACGUCCAACUUUCUGUUCCUGUUGUUCACCACUGACAACAGUCGCUCUGCGGCGGGCUUCAGCAUCAGAUACGAGAGUGUGAAAAUGGAGUCAGACUCUUGUCUUGACCCCGGUAUUCCAGUCAAUGGGCGUCGCCAUGGCAGCAGCUUUUCCAUUGGCUCCCGUGUCUCGUUUACGUGCGACCCAGGAUAUACUUUGAGUGAUCGGGACCCCAUUGUUUGCGAGCAGAAUCAUCAGUGGAAUCACGCUCUUCCCAGCUGUGAUGCACUCUGUGGAGGCUAUGUCUUUGGGAAAAUGGGCACGAUUCUUUCGCCAGGAUUUCCUGACUUCUACCCCAAUUCUCUGAACUGCACCUGGACCAUAGAGGUGUCUCAUGGUAAAGGAGUCCACCUGGUCUUCCAUACUUUCCAUUUGGAGGAGAACCAUGACUACCUGUCCAUCACAGAGGACGAAAAUUUUCUGGUUCCAGUUGCCCGACUAACUGGCUCCGUGCUGCCCCCCAGUGUCAAAGCGGGGCUCUUUGGGAAUUUCAGUGCUCAACUACGAUUCAUAUCAGAUUUCUCCAUGAGUUAUGAGGGAUUUAAUAUUACAUUCUCAGAAUACGAUUUGGAACCUUGUGAGGAUCCGGGUGUUCCAGCUUUCAGCAGACGAACAGGAUUCCGCUUUCAAGUUGGUGACUCGCUUGCCUUUUCUUGUUUCCACGGUUACCGACUCGAUGGGGACAGCAAGAUCACCUGUCUCGGUGGAGGCAGGCGAGUGUGGAGCAACACACUGCCCAGAUGUAUAGCUGAGUGUGGAGCCACGUCUCUGGGACCAGAAGGUGUUCUUGUCUCCCCGAACUUCCCUUCCAACUAUGACAACAAUCACGAAUGCAUCUACCGCGUGACCACUGAGAAGGGAAAAGGAAUCGGGCUGAAAGCUGAGAGCUUCUCUCUGCAUGAUGGAGACUAUCUCAGGGUAUAUGAUGGUGAGAACAGUUCAUCUCGUCUCCUUGGGAACUUCACCCGGGAAGUUAUGAUGGGUCAUAUCAUCAAUAGUACCUCCAAUCACUUGUGGCUGGAGUUCAACAGCAACGCCUCUGGAACAAAUCAGGGCUUUCACCUCACAUACACAAGUUUUGACCUGGUACGAUGUGAAGAGCCUGGUAUCCCUAGUUAUGGCUACAAGAUCCAAGACGAUGGCCAUUAUGCCAACACAUUUGUCCUUUACUCCUGCAACCCUGGCUACAGUCUCCAUGGUAGUAGUACAUUGACCUGUCUCAGUGGGGACCGGCGUGUCUGGGACAAACCACUUCCAUCCUGUAUAGCGGAGUGUGGAGGUCACAUAACUGGAGCAGUGUCUGGACGAAUUCUGUCUCCGGGAUACCCUGCCCCAUACGACAACAAUCUCCACUGUACCUGGACUAUAGAGGCGGAUACUGGCAAGACUAUCAGUCUCCACUUUAUCGUCUUUGACACUGAGAUCGACCAUGACAUCAUUAGAGUUUGGGAUGGACCGUCUGGGCCAUCGGAUGUCGGGAUCCUUUUGAAGGAAUGGUCCGGUCCAGCCUUACCUGAAGAUAUCCAUUCGACUUUCAACAUACUUACACUUCAGUUUGAUGCUGACUACUUUAUCAGCAAGCAAGGUUUUUCCAUCCAGUUUUCCACCACAACAGCGACGACCUGUAAUGACCCUGGCAUCCCAGUAAAUGGCUCUCGAUACGGGGACAGUAAGGAGCCCGGUGACAGUAUGACAUUUCAGUGUGACCCUGGCUAUCAGCUUCAAGGUCCUGAUACCAUCACGUGUGUCCGGAUGGAUAACAGAUUCUACUGGCAGCCUGACCCUCCAACGUGUAUGGCAACCUGUGGUGGUAACGUCAGUGGCCCGUCUGGAGUGAUCCUGUCUCCUAACUACCCCCAGCCUUACCCCCCAGGAAAAGAGUGUGAUUGGCGAAUCCGAGUCAACGCAGACUUUGUCAUUGCACUUAUCUUCAAAAGUUUUAACAUGGAGCCCAGUUAUGACUUCCUGCACAUUUACGAGGGCGAAGACUCUAAUGGGCCUCUGCUGGCGAGUCUCCAAGGCAACCAAGCCCCAGAGCGCAUCGAGAGCAGUGGUAACAGUCUUUUCCUGGCAUUCCGAUCGGACGCCUCACUGGGCAUGUCUGGCUUCGCCAUUGAGUUCAGAGAAAAGCCAAGGGAGGCCUGCUUUGAUCCUGGUAACAUCAUGAAUGCUAGCAGGACCGGCUAUGACUAUAAACUGGGAUCUCAGGUGUCCUAUAACUGUCACCUUGGCUACACAACAGUGGGCGGCCAAACAAUAACCUGUGUGAUGGGGCAGGAUGGGAAGCCAGUGUGGGACAAGACUCUGCCGUCAUGUAAAGCCCCAUGUGGUGGACAGUAUGGAGGAUCUGAGGGAGUAGUUUUGUCUCCAAACUACCCUUUAAACUACACCACUAGACAAAUGUGUGCCUACUACAUUACAGUGCCUCCACAGUUUGUUGUUUUUGGUCAGUUUGCCAUUUUCCAAACUGCGAUGAAUGACUCGGUGGAGCUAUUUGAUGGAGCCAAUGAAAACUCUCGAUUGCUAAGUUCUCUGGCGGGAUCACAUUCAGGAGAGACAUUACCCUUGGCAACUUCCCAUCAAAUAAUGCUGCGAUUCAAUGCCAAGAGUGGCCAACCAGCUAAAGGUUUUCACUUCGUCUACCAAGCUGUGCCUCGGACGAGCGACAGUCAGUGUAGCUCGGUGCCAGAGCCUCGAUACGGCAGGCGUAUCGGGUCAGAGUUCUCGGCCGGCUCGGUGGUUCGUUUCGAGUGCAGUCCGGGAUAUCUGCUCAAGGGAUCCAGUGCAAUCCGGUGCCAGGCAGUACCUGGUGCUCUGGCACAGUGGAAUUCAACGACGCCAAGCUGUAUCGUUCCCUGCAGUGGGAAUCUGACAGAGCGCCGCGGCACCAUAUUGUCUCCUGGUUUUCCGGAGCCAUACCCAAACAGUCUCAACUGUCUGUGGAGAAUCCAUGUCAGCGAAGGAGCUGGGAUACAGAUUCAAGUGAUGACAUUUGCUACUGAGCACAACUGGGAUUCUCUGGAGAUCUACGAUGGGGGAGACAUGACGGCUCCUAAAUUAGGGUCAUUUUCUGGAACUACAGCUCCUGCCCUUCUUAACUCCACAUCCAAUCAGCUUCUCUUGCACUUUCAGAGUGACAUUAGUGUUGUGGCUGCAGGCUUUCACCUUGAAUACAAAACCGUCGGUCUCACCACCUGUCCGGAGCCGAUGAUUCCAGCAAACGGCAUAAAAACCGGAGAUAGAUACAUGGUCAAUGAGGUAGUGGCCUUCACCUGUGAGCCUGGAUACACUUUACAGGGCCAUUCUCAUAUUUCCUGCAUGCCUGGAACUGUGCGUCGAUGGAACUACCCUCCUCCUCUUUGCAUAGCUCGUUGUGGUGGGGUAUUGUCUGAAGUCACAGGAGUGGUCCUGAGUCCCGGUUUCCCCGGCAACUACCCCGGCAACCUGGACUGCGCCUGGCAAAUUAUCUUGCCAACAGGAUAUGGAGCGCAUAUUCAGUUCCAAAACUUUUCAUCUGAAGAUAACCAUGACUUCCUGGAGGUUCGGUCAGGAACACAGCACAGCUCAGCCCUUAUUGGACAGUUCACUGGUUCGCAAGUCCCACCCUCCCUUCUAAGUACCACCCACCAGACCAUUAUUCACUUCUACAGUGACCAUUCCGAGAACAGGAUGGGAUUCAAACUCACUUAUCAAGCUUAUCAACUUCAAAACUGCCAGGAUCCUUCUCCUUUCACCAAUGGCGACAUCAUCAACAGUGACUACAGUGCUGGCCGGUCAAUAACAUUCCUGUGUUAUCCUGGAUAUGUUUUGAUUGGACACCCAGUCCUCACAUGUCUGCACGGGACCAACCGGAAGUGGAACCACCCAUUUCCGCACUGUGAAUCUCCCUGUGGCUACAAUGUCACAGCUGAAAAUGGGACCAUUUAUUCGCCACAAUACCCCAAUGAAUACCCCAACUCCCAAGACUGUAGCUGGCUCAUCACCGUUCCCCACGGACAUGGAGUUUACAUCAACUUUACCUUGUUGCAGACUGAGCCUGUCACUGAUUACAUUGCUGUAUGGGACGGUCCAGAUGCAUCCAGUCCUCAACUGGGCGUCUUCAGCGGCAACACGGCAUUGGAGUCGGCCUACAGUUCCAGCUCCAAUGUUCUGAUCCGCUUUCACUCUGACUUUUCAACUGGAGGAUUCUUCAUACUCAACUUCCAUGCCUACCGUCUGAAGAAAUGCCCUCCUCCGCCUAUAGUGAAGAAUGCUGAGAUAAUCUAUGAGGAUGAAGACUUCCUAAUAGGCGAUAUUGUGGCUUAUCGCUGUCUCCCUGGAUACACACUUGUUGGAAAGGCGGAGCUCAUGUGUACGCUCAACUCUCAUUUACUGUUUGAGGCCCCGCCACCAACAUGUCAAGCCCAGUGUCCAGCCAACGAGGAGCGGUCUUCAUCAUCAGGAGUCAUUCUGAGUCCUAUGUUUCCCAGCAACUAUCCCAACAGUCAGACCUGCUCCUGGCUACUGCACAUGCUUCCAGGAUACAUCAUCAAUAUCUACGUUGAGAUGUUCCAAAGUGAGAAGCAAUUUGACGAGCUGGAAAUUUUUGACGGAUCCUCGGGGCAGAGCCCUUUGCUCGUGGCUCUCAGUGGAAAUCAUUCAUCUCAGCUCAACUUCACCUCAAAAACCAAUCAGCUUUACCUACGUUGGUCCACUGACCAUGCAACCAACAAGAGAGGAUUCAAGAUACGAUAUACAGCUGCAUACUGUAGUAUUAAUGAUCCCCCAGCAAAUGGAGGCGUUGUCAACCGAACCAAACUCCGACCAGUUAGCAGACUCCAAUUCUACUGUAACCAUGGUUACCGUCUGGUCGGCUCUACAAAUUCUACCUGUAGACUCUACCCCGAUGGGCUUUUCCAAUGGGACACACCUCCACCAUUCUGUCAAGCUAUCUCCUGUGGAAUCCCCCAGUCACCAGGAAAUGGCAGCUUCUAUGCCUACCAUUACAACGUGGGCAGUCAGGUGACCUACCACUGUAAACACGGUUAUCACCUUGAGCCCAGUUUUCCAGCUACAGCAAUGUGUUUGGAGGAUGGGAGCUGGAGUAAUUCAGCCUCACCCCCAAGGUGUCUCUCCAUCCACUGUCCCAGCAUUGAGGGCGCCUUGUCAGAUCACGUGACCUACCGUCUGCUGUCUGGUACACUGGGAGAGUUUGGUUCCAUGGCUAUGUUGGAAUGCUUAACAGGGUAUUCUUUCGGGGCAGGACAUCGGACACUAAGCUGCCUCGCCAAUGGGACUUGGGAGGGGUCAGAUGACCCAGCAGCAUGCAAGAUCUUAUCCUGUGGGGAUCUUGCUUCUCCACCGUUUGGCACCAAACUAGGAACACUGACCACAUUUGGUGCAACUGCAAUCUUUAUGUGUAAUCAUGGUUACACAUUGGUGGGGUCUCAUGUCAGAGAAUGUGGAGCCAAUGGGCUGUGGAGUGGUUCUGAGACCAGGUGUCUUGCUGGCCACUGUGACUCUCCAAAUCCUAUCAUCAAUGGGCACAUUAGCGGUGAUGGCUCCAGUUACCGCGACACAGUGGUGUACCAGUGCAUGCUGGGAUAUCGCCUGAUUGGCACAUCAGUCAGAAUCUGCCAACAAGACCAUCGGUGGUCUGGAACAACACCUGUUUGUGUCCCCAUAACUUGUGGUCACCCUGGAAACCCAGUCAAUGGGCAGACAAACGGCAGCGAGUUCAACCUCAACGAUGUUGUCAACUUUACGUGUAAUAAAGGUUACAUCCUUAGUGGAAAUGCACGCGCUCAGUGUCGACUAAAUGGCCAGUGGAGCAGCCCCCUACCUCUCUGCAAAGUGGUAAACUGUUCUGAUCCAGGGCACGUGGAGAAUGGUGUACGGCAGUCUGGACUACAUUACCCAGAAAUCUUUAGCUACGGUAUAACCGUGGCCAUCCACUGUAAACGAGGAUUCUACCUACUCGGUUCCCCGCUCCUCACCUGCCUCCAUGAUGGACGCUGGGACAGGCCAACUCCUCGAUGCUUGGGUAUUUCCUGCGGUGACCCUGGUAUGCCCCCAAAUGUAGUCGUGCCUGGGACUCAGACCUGGACAUAUGGCUCUAUGCUUCAGUACUCCUGCGUGCCAGGAGGGAUGCUGGUGGGCAAUGCUACACGCCACUGUCAAGAGGAUGGCACUUGGAGUGGGUCACCGCCCUACUGCACUGGUCUGAGUCCAGGGAUGUGCGGGGACACGGGGGUUCCUCCCCACGGUGCCCGUUUAGGAGGGGAAGAGUUUAAAACCAAGAGCCUGCUGCGUUUCAGCUGUGAGGCAGGAUACAAUCUGAUUGGCUCCGCAGAGAGGACGUGCCUCCACAACGGCACCUGGAGUGGAACGCAACCUGUGUGUCAAGCUGUAUCGUGUGGGAACCCUGGCACCCCAGCCCAAGGCAGGAUCGUCUUCAGUGACGGCAUCACCUUCGGCAGCUCAGUGGCGUAUGCGUGCUGGGAAGGGUUCAAAACAUCGGGCCUGACCACCAGACACUGCACAACAAAUGGGACAUGGACAGGACAACCACCAGACUGCACUGUGAUCAGUUGUGGAGACCCAGGGCCGAUAGCCAAUGGCGUCUACUUGGGACGUGAGUUCACCUUCAACCACACAGUGGCAUACCGUUGUAGCCCGGGUCACCUGUUGGAACCACCUGGUCGCAAUGUUUUACGCUGCACUAAAGAUGGAAUGUGGAACCAAACCAAACCCAGUUGUAAAGUGAUCCAGUGCGGACCUCCACCUCAAGUGCAAAAUGGGGAAGUAGAAGGAACGGAAUAUUCGUGGGGAUCAAGCGUUAGCUACAGUUGUUUCCAUGGUUACCAAUUGUCCUUGCCAGCUGUGUUGACCUGUGAGGGGAAUGGAACGUGGACCGGAGAUUUACCGCAAUGUCUGCCCAUGCUGUGUGGUGAUCCAGGCUCUCCUGGAGGCGGAUUCCGAGAAGGAAUUAUCUUUACUUACCGGUCAGAGGUCAGAUUCUACUGCCAUACUCCCUACUUGUUGGUUGGCUCCACCUCCAGAGUGUGUCAGGCUGAUGGCAUUUGGAGUGGCCAACAACCAGCCUGUAUAGACCCUGCAUUCAACAGCUGUCGUGACCCAGGAACACCAGUUUACGGUAUCCCAGUACAAGCCCUGGGCCUUCAGGUUGGAAGUAAGAUUUCAUUUAAGUGCCGCAAGAACUACCACAUCCUUGGUUCCACCACAAGAACGUGUUUGGAAAAUCUCACCUGGAGUGGAACACAACCUGAAUGUAUUGCCCACUCGUGCCGACAGCCCGAGACCCCCAGUAAUGUGGAUGUUCGCUCCAUGGAUCUGCCAACAUUGGGAUAUACCCUUAUCUACACCUGUCAAGAUGGUUUCUAUUUGGCUGGAGGAUCAGAACACAGAACAUGUAAAAGUGAUGGGAGAUGGUCGGGAAAACCACCACUGUGUAAAGUUGGAGUUAAAGUCAAUCCUAAAAGCAGAGGAGAGACAGACAUCCAGAAGAACAAAAUUCGAGUUCCAGUGGAUGUGUUCUCCCCCAACUCAGAAUGGAGAGGUUUCUACGAGUAUCUGAGCAAGAGACAGGCCACCACAUUGACAGUGACUGGGUUCAAUGCUAGCAGCGGAAGGGUUAACAUCACUUUACUGGAGACCAGUGGAGUGUCCAUCAGACUAUCAGGUACCUACAAGUCUGAAGAGAACCAGCUUCUACUGAAGGUCUAUCAAGUCAAAGGGCCCACAGAGCAUUACUACAGCAAGUUUAAGAACGACAACUGGGCAAUGGAUGGAUAUGUGACUGCAGAAUCCGACCAGAAAACAUUUGUCUACCAAGGGCAUAUUCACAAUAAAGACUUUGGCAAGUUCCAUCUGACAAGGCAAGGGCCUCUAACCAUGGCGAGAGACCCAUCCAACCCCUAUACGAACAGCAGCUCUGUGGCAGCAGCCAUCUUGGUUCCUUUCUUUGCCCUCAUCCUGUCGGGAUUCGCCUUUUACCUCUACAAGCGCAGGACAUUGUCUGCUGACACAGAUGACAAUGAAAGACCAAAAGACACCUGGGGGCCUGGCGGCAGAAGCCGUCCUAAGGUCCAGUUCAAUGGCUACGUCGGCCAUGAAAGCACCAAUGGUCAAGCAUCAUUUGAAAACCCGAUGUACGACACCAACAUGAAGCCCACUGAGGCUAAAGCCGUUCGAUUCGACACCACGCUCAAUACAGUAUGCACUGUGGUAUAGUCCCGCACACCCGCCGCUACUUUGUGCAGUGGUGCAGUCCAACCGGGCUGUCAACGAUGCGGUUUCACCAACAGGACAAACAUGCAAACUCAUGAUUGACACUGGUCACGUGUAGCAGUCUGCGCGGUGGCAUGCUGUUCAGCAUACUCUGCACAGUGAUGUGCCUCUGGUCCCACGUUACACGAGCAUCCACCGUCUCCUCCUUCGGCAAAAUUAGACAGUGAUGUCAUUAAAAAGUUAGUUAAUAGUCAGGGGAUACGUGUUCUGUUCAGACAUGAAGGAAAAACAGACAACUCAAAACGUCCUACCGUUCUUCACUUCCAACUUAGAACGGUUUAAACUGCACCAAUGGCCUUCUGAUACCUUUCCUCCAACACUUGAUAGAUGUUUGCCCCAAUCUAAUCCCACAGCCCUGUGCCAAAUAUACGCACGUAUAUGCACAGUGGUAAAAAAGCUUAAUAGCUCCACUGCUGCAGGCCAGAUGUCUUUGACUGAUGUGUAGGUUGGACCCACAGGGGAACCAAUCUUUCACCUCUCUAGGCUUAAAGUCCUAAUUAGAUGGUUCAUAUUUCUCAACGCAAAUGGUGCAGGACAAACUUCUCCCACUGGGCAUCGGGAUGAGUUUGACACGACUAAACCUGGAUUUAAAGGCAAAGAGCUUUUUAUUCAGAACGUACGCAGACUGCUGUGACAUUGCCUUCUAAAUCCAGUAAAUGUGACUGAAGUUCCACCGGUUCACUUAUUUACCUGAAGCAUUCUUGAAGUACGGAACAUAAACAUAUCAUUGGUGCUUGGAUUAGUGGCUUUCUGGAUAAGAAGAUUUCAGUUUAUGAUAGCAAAACAAUCACAGGAGUUGAUUUUCGGUGAUUGUCGCUACCUUCAACGAGUUACGUCAUUGCCUUUUCCACAGGACCUGGCAACAAUCAGGCUCUCGCUAAACAUUCACAAAUUUGCAAAUUGUUUCCUACCUGUUGUUGUAGCUCACAUUGCUGAUGUUGUGGAGUAAAUUCCCACUCAAUUCCCCCGUACAAAAUUACCCUAUGAAUGACAGGUGAUCAGUCCAGGGUGUAGCCCACCUUUUGCCCUCAGAUGGGCUGACUUAAGCCCCUGCCGUGACCCUGAACCCGUUAGUCCCAGAUCUGUUUUUAAACCCCCUAUAAACACUUACAAAGCUCCAACACAGCAAAAUCCCCUGUUGUGACAGUCAGACUACCAUGAACCAGAAAUUCAAAUAAUUGUGAUGCUAUACACAAUUGUGAGGUUUCCAGAGAGCUGUCAAACACAAUCAAAUUGUCUGAGUGUCAUACUUGGAUCAGCCAGGAUUGCGUGCUUGCUGACUGAACAAGGGGAGACCUGCGAGCAAUAAACUGUCAGGAUCGUCGACCCAGGAAACGACUUCAAGUCUCCGGUGGAAGAGAAUAUCAGCCAGGUGAUAUUUUUCACCAGUCAGUCACAAAAACAAAAGCAGAUAAACGGACUCAGAUGACUGCGUGAAAUUAGACGUUCUCUGUUCGGAACGAGGGACAAGGACAGGUUGCUAUGGAAACCGAGGCAAAUUGUCUCUGCUGGCAUUUUUCUUCAGUGAAGAUAUUCAUGAACAAACUCUUAUGUUCAAAACCCAGUGGCCCAAUGGGACUUCCCAAUUUGCUGCUGCUGGGGACCCUCCAACUAUAAACUUUAUAUAGACUCUUAAAUCGCACAAAUUUUGCACUAGUGUGUUUUUCUGACUGGGUUAUGAAAAAGAAAUCUUAAUAAUUUUGGGGUCUGAAAUGGGUUUGGAAACAAGAGUCCUUCAAAUUAAGAGAAUUUAUUUCAAAGCUUCUAUCUUCAAAGAAAAGAUCACAGAUGGCUAAAUACAGGGUUACAGAGUGUUUGUAUAUAUACAUUUAUAAUUCACGCCAAACGCCCACAGAAGGUGUGAGCACCUGCUAUACCCCUGUUUAUUUUGUUGUCGUGACAGCGUUCUAGCCCACCCAGAAAGUUGAGAUGAGUUUACCUGUGGACCUCCUGUGUUGUAAUGGCACCAUGAUGCGUUAAUGACCAUGUCUGUUUCUGAAAGCUCAUACUGAACUCUGCUACGACUCUAACGCUCACCCAAAUAGCACACAGUGUGAUGCUUUACACUAAGAUGACAUGGUAUACAAGUCUACUUCAUUAAAAGUUGUAGACAGUAGAAGUUUUCAGAAAAUAAACAGGUCUUUAAAAAGAUGUUUAAUGCUCCACCACUCACACUGUCAUGCGCCACCCAUUUCACAUCUUUUAAUACACUUUUUUUCCCCCCCACACACGACUUUAAAGAGCACACAGUCUGUGAGACUUCAUCACUUAAAGGUGCAAUUUAUCUAAACAAACAAGCUGUUUAUUGCUGUAUUUCAGACUUUGAAUCAAUACGAGGCAGCGUAUCUUUAAAAAGUUCAAUUUUCCACACAGAUUGCGAGAAACAAACUCUCUAACCCUCAAUGCAUCAGUCAGGUCUCAUUCCAAAACUCACCUCCGGGUAUGGUCCCGUUUAGGGGACUAAUUAAGAGCGUGAGAUUAUGAAUACAAGAGGCUAACUCAUGUUGGCUCUGUAGAACCCCCUUUGACAAGAAAUUGCGUGCCUGAUUGAUGAUCAACAAAAUAGCUUGCAGCAUUUUAGCAUUGUUCUCAUUUUACAUAAACAAAUAGCAUCCCAGUAAUUUUCAGUCCUGGCUAUAAAUUCGGGAAACUCUGCCAUGGAAAUAAUGCAAAUAAGACGUACAACAAUGAGCAACCCGAACUUUGCUGAUGAAGGCGCAUUCGAUUCUCAUUGGUCAUAACACUCGUUUUUUUUUUUUAACAUUCUUAUUUGUCACACAUGUAAACACUUUAAAACAAACAUAACGCAUAACGCUUUAAAACAAACAUAACGCUAAUAACGCUUCCUUAACAUUUACUACAAAGUGCAGAGUGAUACAUAACUAUACAGCGGUGCCUUGAGAUAUGAGCGACCCAACUUGUGAAUUUUUCAAGAUAGGAGCUGUCG